AGCCCCUUCAUUGGAUGCCCUCCGCGUGACGCGUGGAGCCGAGGGUCGCUGAUUGGUUUACUUUCUCGCCUUUUAGUUUGGCACGCACACCUCCGCCUCUGUACUGCAAUACGAGCAACCCGCACAAGAUUUGAACCAUGGACCUUGUGCUGAAUGUGGCCGACUCUUACGUCCUGUCCCCGUAUGUGUACCCUGCGUCGUGGCCCGAGGACGGGGCCCUGCGGCAGAUCCUCAGCCUGCUGGUGCUGACCAACCUCGGGGCCGCCGUCCUGUACCUGGGCCUGGGAGCCGCCAACUACUUCCUCAUCUUUGACCACAAGCUGAUGAAACACCCACAAUUCCUAGAGAAUCAGGUUCAGAGGGAGAUUAAAUACGCGAUGUCCUCGCUGCCUCUGAUCAGCAUCCCCACAGUGGCGCUGUUUUUCGCCGAGGUCCGAGGAUACAGCAAACUGUACAACAACGUCGAGGACUCCCCGCUGGGUUGGCCGGGGCUCUUCCUGAGUAUGAUAUCCUUCCUGCUGUUCACCGACAUGUGCAUCUACUGGAUUCAUCGCAUCCUGCAUCAUAAGCUCAUUUACAAGCUGUUCCACAAACCACACCACUUAUGGAAGAUCCCCUCGCCCUUCGCCAGCCACGCCUUCCACCCGGUAGACGGCUUCAUGCAGGGCCUCCCGUACCACGUCUACCCCUUCCUCUUCCCCCUCCACAAGGUGCUCUACCUGGCCCUGUACGUGUUCGUCAACGUCUGGACCAUCUCCAUCCACGACGGGGACUACCGCGUCCCCGGCGCCCUGACCGGCGCCAUCAACGGCUCGGCUCACCACACCGACCACCACCUGUUCUUCGACUACAACUACGGCCAGUACUUCACCCUGUGGGACCGCCUGGGAGGCUCCUACAGGCACCCGUCGGCUCUGCUGGGGAAGGGCCCCCAUGAUCUGAUGCGGAAGCUCCAAGCGGAGGGAAAGCUGGGCGAGGCUGAGGGGAAAGUGAACGGAGACGCCGGGAGGCGAGUCGCACGCAAGGAGGAGUGACAGGCGGGACGUUUAAGUGACGAAAGUGAUCAAUAUUUUUUAUAAAGACUAUGUGCUACACGCAUACUCGGCUAGGAAACAAAUCACAGCCUAAUUUCAGUUCCUCUACUUGCCAAACGCGCUGCAGUGAGUUUUUUAAAAUGCAUGUGAGGCGGUUUCGUCAUUACAGGCAAGAUAUCAGAUGUACGUCAGAUACUGAUACCGACGAGCUGGAUGGAGAAUCAAUGACAGUUGGCUCAUGUGGUAUUGGAUACCAUUUAUUUUAAUAAAUUAAAAUUCUGUAAAUGAA